CUGUCUCUCAUUUUCCCGACCUGACCAGGAAUUGCUUUCUUUAUUGGUCAAUUGCUGCUCCCUCCUUCUAUAGACUGAUUUUUGGAGUCGCAACUAUGGCCAAUCAGGGUGGAUACGCUGUGGUCGAUGCGGACGAGGAUGAUGGGCAAGGAGGUCGAGCUCCGGGUCUCGAGUUCAAGACUUUCUUAGGUACAGAAUCUGCUCAGGAAAGAAUGCCUUCAGCAUCCACAUCUUCUGGUAGAACACCUGCCGAAGUGCCUUACAGUCCAUUCAAUCUCGUCUACUAUCAGGGAUACUUUGAUGUCGAGACUACGACCAUUCUCAAACGCGUAGGCAUGUCCAUGAUUCCACGGGAAGGCUUCAUCCAAGAAGUCUGUGAUGGUCACAUCGACCUGUACGGUCCCUUCUGGACGUUGACGACAUUGAUUCUUACACUCUAUACCACAUCCACGCUCACUGCUUCGAUCUCACAAUACCUGUCAAAUCCGGACCUUAAACCGGAAUCGAAUAUACCCUUGUUGACGACCGCUACAUCCUUGCUCUAUAUCUAUGGGCUCGGCGUACCUGCCCUUUUGUGGGCAGCUACGAAAUGGCUGGGAGUGGGUGACUGGGGCCUGGCGGAGGCUUUGGGCAUAUACGGAUAUGCUAUGGGUGUCUAUGUACCCAUCUCGUUGUUGUGCCUGAUUCCAGUGGGCAUCCUCCGUUGGGUUCUGGUGGGACUUGGUGCUGUUAGCUCGGGUUACUUCAUGGUCCGCAACAUAUAUCCUGUUCUGGCAAAUGCUGACAACAAAAUGCUGCGACUCCUAAUCGUUGCCGUCGCUGUCCUUCACGGAGUCAUGGCUUUAGCCAUGAAAGUCCUCUUCUUCUCGUACUCUGUAGCAGGCUACAAUGUUGGUCCAGAUCCCAUCGCCACCAAUCCCAUCUUGACUGCUCCGACCGACACAAGCGAUGGCUACAGAUUGUAACAAUCUUUUCCGGAAGCGAAAACUAGACUAUGCAUUGCAAUUGAGGUC